AUGACAGGCCUUGGGGCAAACCGAGCCAGGGCUCCUCGUGCCGCUGUGGAUGGGAUUGACUUGGUGUGUCCACAGGUCCACUGCAGCGUGCAUAUGCGCGAUCUUCCGCCGCCACGUGAGACUCGUUCGGCCGCCGCUCUCAUUGGGCGUGAAGGAUAUCGGCCAUAUUACGUCGGGGCCGGAGAUAGCGAACUUCGGGGGAUAGUUACGCUGACCAACAGGCAAAAUGGGGAAUCUCGGUGGUUUAUCGAAACCAGCUUCAACGUGCCACAGGAUCGUCAAAUAUCACCUCAACUCGACGGAGCACAAGCCGCUUCAUUGCUGACGCAUUGGCCACAAGUGGUAUCUGCAUACUGCUGCAUCGCGCAUACUUGCAGCUAG